AUGUACGCUUUCUCCCCUGGGAACUCAACGGUCUUGUCCUCAGGGACGUACUGGGGCCAAUUCGACGAAAUCUCCAAAUACAACACCCAGCUGAAUGUGGCCGAGAGGCUGUGGGCUGCCUGGUAUGCCUGGAUGCAGAAUGAUGUCCUCGCCACAGGCAUCAUGUCGUUCGUGAUGCACGAGGCAGUGUACUUUGGUCGAUCACUUCCCUGGAUUUUUAUUGAUACCCUGGGCCUGUUCAAUCGCUACAAGAUUCAAGGAAACAAAAUUCCCUCGCUCCGUGAGCAGUGGGACUGCGCGAAGUUUGUGCUUCUCAGUCACUUCACUGUCGAAUUGCCUCAGAUUUGGCUCUUCCACCCUAUGGCCCAAUUCUGCGGUCUCUCCACCUCAAUCCCAUUCCCCACCCUUUGGACCAUGGCGUACCAGAUUGCGAUUUUCUUCGUGAUGGAAGAUACUUGGCAUUACUUCUCCCACCGCGCUCUUCACUGGGGCCCUCUUUACAAGGCGAUUCAUAAGAUUCACCAUCAAUACUCGGCUCCCUUCGGCUUGGCUGCGGAAUACGCGUCUCCCAUUGAAGUGAUGAUCCUAGGCUUUGGAACGGUCGGCUGUCCUAUCCUCUGGUGUGCUAUGACUGGUGAUUUGCACAUUCUCACUAUGUACAUCUGGAUUGUGCUGCGCCUCUUCCAGGCCAUCGAUGCACACAGCGGCUAUGAGUUCCCCUGGAGUCUUCACCACUUCCUUCCUUUCUGGGCUGGUGCUGAUCAUCAUGAUCUUCACCAUGAGAAGUUCAUUGGCAACUAUGCCAGCAGCUUCCGCUGGUGGGAUUACGUUCUUGACACCGAGUAUACCCCCGAUGCUCUGAAGCGCCGGAGGGAGAACAAGGCCAAGGUCUCAACCAAGGCGCAGUAA